GUAUUCAGUGGUCACCUGAAACAGUCCCGUUGCAGUUAGUGAAGAACUUUGAAAGUCAAAAACAUCUAACUAAUGUUUAACUUUAUUGUGUUUGUAGUCGGUACUAAUUACGACAUCGAGUGUUUUUUCAACCGUAACUAAAAUUUGAAAAUUAUUUUUAAAUGACGCAAAGAACGGAAAAAAUAUUUGAUACAAUCGGAUAAAUGAAAUUUUAAAAAUUGCCAAUAAAAAUGGAGUUCAUAAAACCAGACUUCAUGCCCAAUGAUUCGACUGAUACUCAGGAAACUUACUUCGAUAUCCCGUGUCAUGAAGAAGUGGUUCAAGAUGUCUUCCACCCAAGCUAUUUGCCGAUGUUCUACGAUUACCGCCAGCUGGAAAGGCACAUGUUUGACGGUCCCAGCGAUGGGAAUCAGUGGGAUUGGGCUGAGUGGAACGAGCGGCAAGUUUUGGUAAAGGUGGAGACGGAUUUUGACGCUGGAGGUGCGUCUUCCAGCUUCAGUGAGGAAGAAGUUCGCUCGCCUGGCAGCAGUCGCAAGGAAAGAACAGCGUUCAGCAAAGCUCAAAUACGAAGUCUGGAAGAGGAGUUUGCGAGAGCCAACUACCUGACCAGGCUGCGGCGGUAUGAGAUCGCCGUCGCCCUGAAUCUUACUGAACGACAGGUGAAAGUGUGGUUCCAGAACAGGCGUAUGAAGUGGAAACGCACUAAGGGAGCCGUGAAGUACAGCAAGAAGAAAGAGACCGAGUCUGAUACCGCCCAAGCAACAUGUAUGCCAGCCAUGACGCAUUGAGAUAAUUUAGUCUAAUGGACAAAGUAUCAUUCUCAUAAAUAAUAUUACCUAAUCGAAAUCGUUAAUGUAGCUCUUUCGUUUAAAAUUUUUAAUGAAAUCUCUUUUGAAACAUGAAAAAAUAUGUACCUACUUAUGAUGGGUUUCAAUUUGUAGAUUUAAACAUUAAUUUUGUUACUUUUUAGAAGACUAUGCUGGUUUUUAAUAAGUUACGGUUAGCGUAAAUAGCUAAUGAUGUAAUGUAAUAUAAUGUAAGCAGCAAGAAAACACAAAGUUCAGGAGAUAAGGAUAUGUUUAUUAGACAAUUCAUACCUCCGGCACGAGCGGACAGUCGCGUGCCGAACAUAAAACUAAAAAAUAAUAAUAAUAUUGUAAACUAACACACUAUCUUUGGAAGAAACUAAGCAUCCGGGCUAUGAGGGCCUACAAUUUGUUCAAAAACCUGUCAGCAUUUAACCUCGAUGACAACCGAUCAAAAAAAAUAUGAAAACAGUGAUGAAACUUCCA